UAACAAAACCGACAAUGCAAAAUACCAUAGUAAAUAAAAUUUGUUCAAAAAGAAAAAUACCAUAUUAGGCCUAAAGACCGAAACAAGUGAGAGUUUUUUUUGGAAGGAUCUGUUCCACUUGGAAUGAGAGGUAAGGAAACGUUUAUGCUCCUUGGCUUUUUGAAGUAUUUUUUCUGUUUAUCUGGAAAUCCACUCUUGCAGAGACAUGAAAAGCAGUUAUUUACUCAUCUUCUAGUGAGUCAUCAUACAUAACAUACUAUUUCAUAAGAUUGUGUCCCAAGAUAUUAUAUUUACCUUUACUGGAAUCGUGGCAUAUGUGUCUUCUGACAGUUGAAGUUUAUUGGGGAUUUAAUAAUGGAGCAAAGAAUCACUGACGACAAAACCGAAAAUAAUUUGUUGAUUUACGGAUCCAGGCAUGUGGCAUUAGAGAGGUCAUGACUAGAGAAACUUGAGAGAGACGGAAAGUAGUAAAGGGUGGUGUGAAAGCUAGAAGGAAAAACACCGACGUGAUGUGGCUCUAAUUUAGAAAAGAGAUAGGCUAGUAGUGGAAGUAAAGGGUUGUUGACGAAGUGAGUAUGUACAUAUAUGUUUUUCUUCUGGAACCAGAACCUCAAAAAUAAAAAGCAGAGAGGGUGAUAAGAUGGUAAGAGAGAAAGAGAAAGAGAGAGAGCACGUGUCUUUAUGCUCUUCUUUAUAUUUUUUUGUCAACAUUAUUUGGUUAUGUGGAUUUUCAGCUUGGAGAGGUAUAUGAUGUAUAUUCUUCACUCCCUUCCAUUGUAAUAGUGUUUCAGUAAAAUAGUUUCUGAUGCUAUUUUUGAGGUGGAAUUGAAUGAGUAGACAUCCUCGUACAUGAAUAAUAUAAUAUGGGAAUAUAGUAUAACAAGAUUCAACUAUCUUGGAUUAUUUCUAAUGAAAGGCAAAACUUCAUGUAAUGUAAGUGCCACAGAGAGCAAAAAGCGGAGUCCCGCUCGGAAAAAGGACAUAAAUAAAAGGUUGCUCUCUUUGUUUUUCAUUUUCGAAAGAGAGAGAGAGAUGGGUGCUUCUGUUUCGGUUCCCGAGAGAUCCGUCCAUCAAUUCACCGUCAAGGAUAGCUCUGGCAAGGACGUGAACUUGAGCAUAUACCAAGGGAAAGUCCUCCUCCUUGUCAAUGUCGCUUCCAAAUGCGGUUUCACCGAAUCCAAUUAUACCCAGCUCACCGAACUUUACCGGAAAUACAAGGACCAAGGGUUUGAGAUCUUGGCGUUCCCUUGCAAUCAGUUUCUUUACCAAGAGCCCGGCACGAGUCAAGAGGCUCAUGAGUUUGCUUGUACGCGGUUUCAGGCCGAAUACCCUGUUUUCCAAAAGGUACGUGUAAACGGUCAAAACGCAGCACCACUCUACAAGUUCCUUAAGGCAAGCAAGCCCACUUUUCUUGGUUCCAGAAUUAAGUGGAACUUCACCAAAUUCUUGGUCAGCAAAGAUGGCAUAGUGAUUGAUCGUUACGGUACGAUGGCUACACCGCUAUCAAUCGAGAAAGACAUUAAAAAAGCUCUGGAAGAGGCUUGAUACAGCAGACGUGAUUGCCUUUUAUCUCAGGACACCUAAUAAAUUCGCAGUUGAUUUGUACGAUGACCCCAGCUUUUAUGUUUUAAAUCUACGUUGUUCUUUCUUUAACGGCUUAGUUGCAUCAUGUACUGACAUAUGAUGAUGGUUGGAGAGGUUUGAAACUUUUUUUGUCUCUGUUUCUUUCAAGUGUAGAGAUUUCGUAGUGGUAAGUCCAUUGAUUCACUGAUAUAGCAGUAUAUGAUGUUUUACUAACUUAAUUGUUAAAAAAGUAGAACAAUGUCCAUAUACCAUGAAAGAGAGUGUAUCAUACAUUAUUAAAAAUUUAUAAGGUGGUUAGAAUUUUAUUAACAAUGCUAAUGAGUAUACACUUCAAUAUAGCAUUUAGUCAAAAACUCAAUAUUUUCAUAGAAAACCCACAUAUUUUGAGAAAAAAAUAAAAAAAAUAUGACAAUUUGUUUUAAUGCAUAGAUGUGGGAUAAUAGUCAAAGAGGUUUGUAUCUUUGUUGUAUUCGUUUCUCUAAAGA